GUGUUGUACACUGGUGAUCACCAUGGGGAGCACCAAAAAGGCAGGAAACUUGUGGAACAGGAGGCAGAGCCUCUUUCCCAACUACAAAGUCACAGACUCGGAUGCCUCUCGAAGACCUUCUGAGGUUGUUUACCCGCUAGCCAAGGAGAGCUGUGUGAAGACAUGGAACUCUAUGCAAGAACUGAGCAGGGACAUCUAUGAUAUUUACGCCGAGUAUGAGGAAGAAGAAGAGGAGGGGGGCCCAUUCAGCUUCUCCAGGCAGGUAUCACCCUCCAAGAAGAACUACGUGAUCAACAUCAAUGUCGGGGGAAAGCCCUAUCAAAUAGCCUACAAAAUGGCAGCAAAGUACCCCAAGACCAGGAUAGGACGACUGGCCACGUACACAGAUCACAACAUGAAGUUGGACUUGUGUGACGACUACAUAGUGACUAGCAAUGAGUACUUCUUUGACAGGGAUCCUGAGGUCUUCCACAGCAUCUUCAACUUCUACAGGACGGGUGUGUUGUGGAUCAAAGAUGAGCUUUGUCCCCGCAACUUCCUGGAGGAGAUCAACUACUGGGGAGUGAGGAUCAAAAACACCAACCGCUGCUGCCGCAUCUCCUUCGAGGAGAGGCAAGACGAGCUGAAUGACCAGCUAAAGAUCCAGAGGGAACUGGAGGCUGAGGUGGAGAUCGAGGAGAAUGAGGAACUGUUCCACGACAUGUUCAUGGGUCAGAUACGUCGAGCGAUAUGGAACUUGAUGGAGAAGCCUUUUUCUUCUGUCAAGGCGAAGAUUAUGGCCGUGGCCUCCAGUCUUUUUGUCCUGAUCUCCCUGGUGGCCAUGACCCUCAACACGGUGGAGGAGAUGCAGUACAAAACCCACGCCGGUCACUUAAGUGGCAAGACUUAUUGUGAAUAUGCAGAGUCCAUAUGCAUUGCUUUCUUUACCAUGGAGUAUGUGCUGCGUCUUAUAUCCACACCUGAUCUCAGAUCCUUCAGCAGGAGUGUCCUCAACACAGUGGACCUCAUCGCCAUCCUGCCGCAAUACCUGCAGGGCAUCCUGGAGUUCUUCGACAACGAGGAAAACUACAUGAAGCACGAGGCUGACAUAAAGGCGGUGGGGCAGGUGGGCAAGCUGGGGCAAGUGUUGAGGAUCAUGAGACUGAUGCGAAUCUUUCGAAUCCUGAAGCUAGCUCGCCACUCCACCGGUCUGAGGGCGUUUGGCUUCACUCUGCGCCAGUGCUACCAACAAGUGGGCUGCCUCUUCCUGUUUAUCGCUAUGGGCAUCUUCAGCUUUUCUGCCAUGGUUUUCACUGUGGAGCAUGACAUGCCGCAGACUAACUUCACCAGCAUUCCUCAUGCAUGGUGGUGGGCAGCUGUGAGCAUCUCCACUGUGGGCUACGGAGAUGUGUACCCGGAGACCGUGCUGGGUCGCGUCUUCGCCUUCGUUUGUAUCGCGUUUGGAAUCAUCCUCAACGGCCUGCCUAUUUCCAUCCUCUUCAACAAGUUCUCUGACUAUUACUCCAAACUUAAAUCCAACCAGUACACAGCCUGCCUCAAGAAGCGUGGGAAGGUGAGAUUUGCCAAGAGGACAAUUAAUUCGCUCAGCAGCUGCUUUGGAAGUCAACACUGAUUCCGUUUUUGAAGAAGGAUUUUUGGGGAAACUGCAUGAAAUAUGUUUGGAAAAACAACUGGCGAUGCACUCCAGUGAGAUGACAUUCUGCAGUCUCUCUAGGGCCACCUAGUGGCAGGAAGAAGUAUUUGAAGCGGGAAGGUCAGCAGAGAUUCCUUGAAAAAACAAGAAAGUUUGGAAAUCAUUUUUAAUUAAUUGUCAAGUAUAAGAAGCAUACAAUAUUCACCAUAUUCUUACAGUACUGCACUGCAUUGAAGAAGGUUUUUAAACCUCUUAAACUUCUGGGCAUGAAAGGUUUUUAAAAAUAAAAGUCUGUGUUUAGUGUUUAGUCAAUUUAAGUCAAUACUUUGUAGCACCAACUUUAGCUGGAACAUCACAGGGGUUUGAAUAAAUUUGCAAAACACUGUAGAUCUGCUCGUUUUCUUAAAAUCAAAGUCUUGAAUGAAAGAGUUUAUGACUAAUCUGUAAACCUACUAAAUGCAUAGUAUAUAUUUGACCUAAUAUGCUUAGCAGUGUCAAGAAACUUCACUGAAACCUUACAAGAAGUAUCUUGGAGAUUAAUAUUUCUGUGAGAUGUGGCUUCAGUGAAGCUCGGGUGAGGAUAUAGAGGGAAAUGUUUACAAGGGAAACUGUAAUAAAGCAAGGCCAAGAUAUGAAAUGUAAGUAACAACUCUUUUCUACAUUACGAUGUUGUUGUUUAUGUUGUUGAAAAUGAAGAAUGUUUCUGGUUCUAUACAAGCACCAGGAAAUAAAUGAGAAAACCAUUUUUUGUUUUGUUUUGUUUUUGUAAGAGCAGCUGAUGUGCUUUCAUUUUGUGCUCCUUCUCUGGAUCUCAGAGAUUGUUAAAUGCUUGCCUGUAAAAAGCGGUGCCGCUUUUCAAAACUGUGCAGUAUCCAGAGAUUUCACCAAUGACGGUGGUGUGAUUAAAAAACC